AGGAAGGCGGGAGUGGGUGGAGGGGAGGAGACGCUGCUUCCCUGCCAAAGGGGGGUUCCUGUCACGUGACCCCACCCCACUCCCUCACUGCCCUGUCUGGUGGGUCCGGAGCUGAUCCCCCGAGGGAGCUUCUUGGGGAGCUCGGUCCCUUGCCGCUUUGUGAGCUGCCUGCUGUGCGGAGAGGACGGUGAGGGGAAAGAAUUGAGGCCCAGGGCCAAGGCGAAGCUCAUCACCCGGCGCCCGCCGUUCCUCCUGAAAGCCAGGCUGGUGCUUGUGUGUCCCGCGCGCCCCCUGGCAUGUUUCGCCAGUGGUCGGUGCAGUCGGGACCGGCCCCCCGACGGCCUGACUCCCAGGCGGCCGCGGAGGAGCUGUGGGAGGAAGAAGUGGAGCGGCUGUGCGCCUCCCGGGCGCCGGUACGGAUGCUGCCCUACGCCAUGGCAGACAAGCGCUUCAUCCGGAAUCUGCGGGAGCCCGAGGGGGUGAAGACCUCCUGCUGGCAGCGGUGGCGUCGCCGAGGGCAGGUGGCCCGACAGCAUCUGAGGGAGGCAGCGCAGAGGCUGGCCCACGGCUUCGGGCUCUGGGAGGAAGCGCUCUACGAGAUUGGGGGCCUCUUCGGGACGGGCAUCCAGUCCUACUUCACGUUCCUCCGCUUCCUGCUGCUGCUCAACCUGCUGACGUUACUGAUGACCGGAAGCUUUGUCCUGCUGCCGCUGGUCUGGCUCCACCACCCUGAGCCAGGCCCUGCCCUGAAACUGACAGGCCUCCAGUGCCCCGGCAGCCACCAGCCCCAGAGUGGCAUUCCAAGGUUCCACAACCCACUUUGGAAUAUUCUAACUGGCAGGGCCUUCAACAACACCUAUCUCUUCUACGGUGCCUACCGGGCAGGGCCGGAGCACAGCUCAGGGUACAGCAUCCGCCUGGCCUACCUCCUCAGCCCAAUGGCUUGCCUGCUCCUCUGCUUCUGCGGGACAUUGCAGCGGAUGGUAGAGGGGCUCCCACGGCAGCCACUCCUGGGCCAGGGCUACAGGGCGCCCCUCAGCGCCAAAGUCUUCUCGUCCUGGGACUUCUGCAUCCGGGUGUGGGAAGCCGCCACCAUCAAGAAGCAUGAAAUCAGCAAUGAACUGAAGGUGGAGCUGGAAGAGGGCCGCCGCCUGGAGCUGGCUCAGCAGCAGACCCGGGCCCAAAAGGCCUGCCGCCUGCUUACCUACCUGCGGACCAAUGUCCUCAUCGGACUCCUAGUGGCCGGAGCCAUCAGCGCCAUCUUCUGGGCCACCAAGUACUCACAGGACAACAAGGAGGAGUCCCUUUUUCUGGUGCUGCAAUACCUGCCCCCUGGAGUCAUUGCCCUGGUCAACUUCCUGGGUCCCCAACUGUUCACAGUCCUGAUCCAGCUGGAGAACUACCCUCCCAGCACCGAGGUCAACCUCACCCUGAUCUGGUGCGUGGUGCUGAAGCUGGCCAGCCUGGGGAUGUUCUCCUUCUCGCUGGGUCAGACCGUGCUGUGCGUAGGCAGAAACAAGACCAGCUGCGAGGCUUAUGGCUACAACGCCUGCGAAUACCAGUGCUGGGAGAACUCGGUGGGUGAAGAGUUAUAUAAACUAAUCAUCUUCAACUUCCUGCUCACCGUGGCCUUCGCCUUCCUGGUCAGCCUGCCUCGGAGGCUGUUAGUGGAGCGCUUCUCAGGCCAGUUCUGGACUUGGCUGGACCGGGAGGAGUUCCUGGUGCCAAAGAACGUGCUGGACAUCGUGGCCGCGCAGACUGUCACCUGGAUGGGUCUCUUCUACUGUCCGCUGCUGCCCCUCCUCAACAGUGCCUUUCUCUUCCUCACCUUCUACAUCAAGAAGUACACCCUCCUGAGGAACUCCAAGGCGUCCCCAAGGCUGUUCCGAGCCUCCAGCUCCACCUUCUUCUUCCAACUGGUGUUGCUCCUGGGCUUGCUCUUGGCUGCAGUACCUCUGGCCUACGUGAUCACCAGCACCCGCUCCUCCUGGGACUGCGGCCUCUUUGCCAACUAUUCAGCCCCCUGGCAGGUGGUACCAGAGCUGGUGACCCUCCAGCUGCCACUUGCUGGCCAGCGUACCCUCCAUUACCUCAGCUCUCACGCCUUCAGCUUCCCGCUGCUCAUUCUGCUCAGCCUCGUCCUGACCGUGUGCGUCUCCCAGUCCCGGGCGAACGCCAGAGCCAUCCAAGGGCUGCGGAAGCAGCUGGUGUGGCUGGUCCAGGAGAAGUGGCAUCUGGUGGACGACCUGUCGCGGCUGCUGCUUGAGCUGAGCCCGGAGCCCGAGACCCCUCGCUCUCGAGCUUCGCGUCCGCGGUCCUUCUGCCCUGGAUUCCCGUGCCCAGGCUCACCCGGCCCCAGGACACCCCUGAAAGGACCCUCCACCAGGCUGAGCUCCUCGAGCUCCGGUGCCUCGGUUCCCGUCUCCAAAUUUCACUUCCCCAGCCGCACAGAGCUGUAGCACCGACCCGCCCCCUCCCCACACACCCACACCACCCCCACCCCCACCCCCCGGCUUUGCCGCAGCUUCCUCCGGUCCUCCCCUCCCGGCCCUUCCACCUCCUUACCCUGUGAUCACUGGUCCCAGGAACCACUGCUUACAGCUGGCUCCAGGGCCUUAUCCUCAGGUCAGCAGGAAGAACAUGAGAAUUUCUACCUCUAUUUUAUUUUAUCUAAUCCCUUCAUAGGUUUUAUUGAGUGUUCUGUAGUGUGCAUAAUGGUAUGUAUAUUAAUUCAUGGAUAUAUUAUAAAUAUGCAUUUUUUGGAA